AGUUCUCCAUAACGGCCAAACCGAAAAGAGCUGUCUUAUUGAUUAUUGUUAUUGUAAACACAAAAACACACACUUUGCAUAAGAAGUAUCGCCCCAAUCUCACACUAUUCAUUCAUUCACAUUUGGCUUUUUCUUCUUUCAAACCCCAAUCCCUUCUUUUUCAUUCAUUCAUCUUACUACUUACUACCAACAAUAUUAACAACUUUUUCUCUCUUUUCUCUUCAUUGACGAUCUCCACGAAGCUACAAUACCCUUAUAAUUAUUUCAACAUCUCUUUCUCUUUCUUUCAUUCAUUUUCUUCUUUCUCUUUCUCCUUUUUUGGAUCUUCAUUUCAGAAUUUACUGAUUUUGGUGAUUUGGGGGAUUGAGUUUGAAGGACUGUGGUGAGGAAAUAUGGCUUCCUCUUCUGCAACUCUUGCUGGUUCAGCUGCUGCUUCUGAUCUUCUCAGGAGUUCGACUGGCGGUUUCACUGGUGUUCCUUUGAGAAGUUUGGGAAGUGCAGGGUUGGUUUUGAAAAGAAGGGAGUUAACAGUUAGUGUUACUGCUAGGUUGAAGAAGGGGAGGAAGAAGAAGGAAUAUCCAUGGCCUUCUAACCCUGAUCCCAAUGUUAAAGGUGGGGUGUUGACUCAUUUAUCACCAUUCAAGCCACUCAAAGAGAAGCCAACACCUGUCACUUUGGAUUUCGAAAAGCCUCUUGUUGAUCUGCAAAAGAAGAUCAUCGAGGUUCGGAAGAUGGCAAAUGAAACUGGUCUGGACUUCAGUGAUCAGAUUCUCUUAUUGGAAACUAAGUACCAGCAGGCUUUAAUGGAUCUAUACACACAUUUAACUCCUUAUCAGCGGCUCACCAUUGCACGGCAUCCUAACAGGCCAACUUGCCUUGAUCACAUCUUUAACAUCACUGAAAAGUUUAUGGAACUCCAUGGGGAUCGCGAAGGUUAUGAUGAUCCUGCUAUUGUUACUGGUAUAGGGAAUAUAGAUGGUAGAACCUACAUGUUCAUAGGCCACCAAAAGGGUAGAAAUACUAAAGAAAAUAUUAAGCGUAACUUUGGGAUGCCAACUCCGCAUGGUUAUAGGAAAGCUCUACGCUUGAUGCAAUAUGCAGAUCAUCACGGAUUCCCAAUAAUUACUUUCAUUGACACCCCUGGGGCAUAUGCUGACCUCAAAUCCGAGGAACUUAACCAAGGUGAAGCAAUUGCUUAUAAUUUGAGAACCAUGUUUGGUCUGAAAGUGCCAGUUAUUUCUAUUGUUAUUGGGGAAGGUGGAUCUGGUGGGGCCCUUGCCAUUGGAUGUGGUAAUAAAUUACUCAUGCUUGAAAAUGCAGUGUUCUAUGUUGCCAGUCCAGAGGCGUGUGCUGCAAUCUUGUGGAAGAGUUCUAAAGCUGCUCCAAAGGUAUAUAUAUUGUAUACAAGACUAGUAAUUAUAAUAUUCCAAUUUAUAAUGUAUAUUCAAUUAUUUAUUUUAUCUUUGCAGGCUGCUGAGAAACUGAAGAUUACAGCGCAUGAAUUGUGCAAAUUGCAAGUUGCAGAUGGCGUUAUACCUGAGCCCAUCGGCGGUGCACAUACUGAUCCAAGUUGGACCUCUCAACAGAUAAAAAUUGCAAUCAAUGAAGCUAUGGAUGAACUCACCAAGUUGAACACACAAGACCUAUUAAAAGAUCGCUAUCAUAAGUUCCGAAAGCUUGGUGGUUUCCAGGAAGGAAUACCUAUAGAUCCCAAGAAGGGCUUCAACAUGAGGAAGAGGGAUAUACCUGUUCCUCCAAAGAUUUCCGACUCUGAAUUAGAAAUUGAGAUUGAGAAACUGAAGCAACAAAUAUCAGAGUCCCCUUCUGCGCCUCCAAAGUUCGAUUUGCAUAAGACGAUAAAGAAACUGGAAAGAGAGGUUGAUCAAGAAUUCUCUGAGGCCGUUAAAGCCUUGGGCUUAACAGAAAGGUUUUCAAAACUACGGGAUGAGGUUUCAAAAGCAACUUCAGAAAACCAAACUAUUGAUCCAUUGCUGCAGGAUAAGAUAGAAAAACUAAAUGCAGAUUUUAAUCAACGGUUAUCAGCAGCGCCUAAUUCUAACAAGCUGCAGAAGAAACGUGACAUGUUGAGAGAGUUGACGGAAGUGAAGCUUCUGUUAGAUAGAAACAAGGAGACUGCAAGACUUAAGCAAAAAUUGAAGAAGAAAUUUGAUGAUGUCAUCAAUAAUCCUACAAUAAAGGAAAACUAUGAGGCAUUACAGUCUGAAAUCCAGCGUGUCGGGGCAUCCUCAGCAAGUGAUUUGGAUGAUGAAUUGAAGAAGAAAAUCGCUGAGUUCAAUAAGGAGGUAGACUUGCAGCUGGCUAAUGCUGUGAAGUCGGUAGGGUUAGAUGAUCAGUUCAUAAAUGGCAGCCAGUCUUCGGUACCUGAGAUAGAAGAACUAAACAAGGAAGUGGAAAAGGAAAUUGAAAUUUUGGCAAACACGUCGACAGAUUUUAAGAGAAUGAUAGAGGAAUUGAAAGUGGAGGUCGCCAAGGCUGGAGGGACACCAGAUUUGGAAUCGAAGAAUAGAAUUGAUGAUUUGACGCAAAAAAUUAAGCAGAGCCUUGCAGAGGCCACUGGCUCUUCUAGUUUGAAGUAUGAAAACCUGGUGUCUAAAAUCUCUGGAAAUGGAAGUUUCAAAGCAGGAGAAAGUCUCACCGAUGACGAGUUGAGAGAGAAAAUUGGUGCAAAUCUCAACUUUUCUUAAUAGACUGGUGCUCAUGUGGAAUUGGUGAAGAUGGUGCUGACAGUGGAAACUGCAUCAGUGUCUUCCUGAUGAUAUAUUUUACCAAUAUCUUCAGCCAGUUGUACAUCAUCUAGCAUCAUGGCCAUAUUUCUUAGAGACAUGUUUUGAAGAUUUAAAGGAUAUACUCUGCGAAUUGUGGCUGAUAUUUUUCAAUCAAUCUAGACUACAAGCGCGAAUAAAACUUGAAACCAUUUUGUAUUUGUUUGAGUUAGAAUGUUUCAGUUAAUUUUAGAACGACUUGCUUUGUCGACAUCUUUUUUUUUUUUUUCUUUUUCCUAAAAUGUUUCCUUGAAUAGACUUAGAUGAACAUUGUAUAAAUUAUUUGUGUUUGAAGAACAUAAUAAUGUUGUGGCGUUUAAAUGUUAUUUCCAA